GAAAUAUUAAUGUUACGGUCUCUUUUCUCUUCCAAGUUCUUGCGUAUCUCUCUCGUCGCUCUUUUGCUUCGUCUCAUACCUCUCUCCCUCUCUCUCUCUCAGGCUUUCUCCAUCUUUGCGACUCACUGUGUCUGGCCUUAACCAAUUCUUCAGUUUAUUGAAGAACACAAAUGGAUUCAUCACAAGGUGCAGCUGUGGGGGGAUAUGGUGGGAGUGGUGGAAAUGGACCGUUGGCCUCUCAAGCUAAUGACACAACAGCUUCUGCUGCUGCAGCAGGAGGUUAUGAAUCUAUUCAGGAGCUGCACCAGCUUGACAUUUCUAUUCAGAGAACUCUGGGCAUUAUCCAUCAGCUUUACCUUACUGUAUCUACCUACAAUGCUGCCUUUCAAAUGCCUCUCCUCCAACGCAUCAAUGUGCUGGUUGGGGAGCUUGACACCAUGGUUAAAUUGGCAGAGAAGUGCAAUGUUCAGGUUCCUAUGGAGGUUGUGAAUUUGAUUGAUGAUGGGAAGAAUCCAGAUGAGUUUACCAAAGAUGUUAUAAACAACUGCAUAGCAAAGAAUCAGAUCACCAAAGGAAAAACUGACGCAUUAAAGGAUUUUCGCAAGCACCUUUUCGAGGAAUUGGAGCAAAACUUUCCUGAUGAGGUUGAAACUUUUAGAGAGAGUCGUGCUGCUGCUGCUGCUGAGUUGAAACGUCUGGCACAAGCACAAAGUGCACUACCAAAUGGGGAUGUGAGGGUUAAAGCAGAGCAUUGAAUGAUAUAUUUCUUAUGCCUUUACUUGUCUAUAAGUACCAUGGUAGUAUGAAAAACUAUUUCUCUCUUUUGCCUCAUCUAAACAUUUUGUUUACAAAUGGUUUUUCUGUGAUUUUCUUUUCUCUUUUAAGUUACGGUGCCCACUAGGGUGGGUAACUUAUUUUUUUUGUCCACCGGUGGACCAUCAUUAAACACCGUAGGAUCUUGGAAUAUAAGAAUAUUAUUUAGAUUAAUAGUCAGGAUUGAAUUUCAA